AUGGUAGAAUUUGACAAUAGAAGAAGAUUAAUGUCCCGUGUGGAUGAGUUAAAAACACCACUCAUUGAGAUCAAGAACGUUUUGAUGAAGAACAACUCCUUUCCUGUCUAUAAUGUUGAUUAUGAGCAUUGUCUGAUUAACCCACAACAAUGUAUAACUUUGAAGUCUGUCAUACAACGAUUGAUGGACCAUGGGAUCUUGGUGGUAGAUUGUUCAUCUACCACGGAAGAAGUGUCCACCCUAGAAAUCUUAUAUGAUGAAGUCUUACCUAUGCAAAUACGAUAUGAUCUUUCUCCAAUGAAUCUCUCUGGAAGUCCCAUUGUUCCUUUGGUUAUAACGAUACCAAUGUCGUUCCCCUUCAAUGACACGAAAGCAGUUCCAUGGGUAUAUGACUCAACACUCUACAUCCAUGGACAAAGAGUGCAAGAAGAUCCCAUGGCGUCUAAUGAGCCAAUGGCAAGUAUAGCUGACACUGGUGGGGUCACCCGAAGUGGAAGAACCUUUGCACCUGUACCUCCCCAAAUUGACAAUGGUGGCACUUCCAACCAAGAAAAAGGCAAUCAAAUCGAAGUUGACCAGCAAAGGAAAGAUUCUCUACCUACCAGUAAGGUGGAUGAAUUCUUGCGCAUCAUUAAGAGGAGAAACUAUAGGGUGGUUAACCAACUCAACCAAACCCCAUCAAAAAUAUCAAUAAUGUCUUUACUCAUGUGCUCUGAUGCACAUAGGGACGCCUUAGUCAAAUUCUCGAGGGAUGCUCACAAACCACAAGAGAUUUUCGUCUAUCAAUUUGAGGGAGUUGUCAUCAAUAUAGCUGCCAACAUGAGUCUGGGUUUCAAUGACGAAGAGCUUCCCGUUGAAGUAAGAAACUAUAAUAAGGCCCUACAUAGUUCCAUGGAAUGUGUAGACACCGUUUUGUCUAGGUUCUUAGUGGAUACUGGCUCGUCUCUUAAUGUGUUUCUGGAGAGUUUUCUUUCCAAAUUGACUAUUGAUGGGCUCCUAAUGAAACCCAUCGAACUUGUGGUGAGGGCAUUUGAUGGUUCAAGAAGAACCGUGAUUGGUGAAGUGGAAUUUACUAUCAAGAUUGGACCUCACACCUUCUUCAUAACAUUCUAUGUCAUGGACAUAUACCCUGCUUACAGUUGUCUACUUGGACGACCUUGGAUCCAUUCAGUCGGUGUCAUCACAUCGAAUCUCCACCAAAGGUUGAAGUUCUUGGUCAACAGUAAGCUAGUGGUUGUGAAGGGUGAGGAGGACAUAAUGGUGUGUAACUUAACAUCGUUCAGAGACGAGAAAACAACCAAACAAGCAGUUGUGGAAGGCAGUGGGGGAUUGUUUCCCACGUGUAGAGAAUCUAAAGAUGAAGUUAAUUUAUUCCUUGGAAAUGCCGGUACGGCAAUGCGUCCUUUGACGGCAGCCUUGGUUGCUGCAGCUGAAGGUGAUGCUUCUAGCGCCAGUUACUUCCUAGCCGGUGCAGAAGUUACCGUUGGAACUAUCACGGUUAUAGGCUGUGGGACGAGUAGUUUACAGGGAGAUGUAAAAUUUGCUGAAGUUCUUGAAGGAUGGGAGCUAAAGUUACGUGGACAGAAAACAGCGUCACAGUUACCGGGCCUCCACGAGAUUCUUCUGGUCGGAAAGUGUUGCAAGGCAUUGAUAUCAAUAUGA